GCGGCGCGCAGGGCCAUGUCGGCGCCGUGCCCGCGCCUGCCCGCCGCCGGGUCAGCACCGGCGGAGGCGGACAGCGCCGGCGGCAUGGAGCCGCCCGCGGCCGCCGCCGCCGGGGCCGCCGCCCUGGAGCUCGCCCUGGAGGAGGAGCUGGCGCUGCUGGCCGCCGCCGGGGAGCCGCCGGAGCCGCCGCCCGCCGCCGCCGCCCGCGACCCCGAGCUGCUCUCGCUGAUCCGGCAGAAGGAGAAGGACCUGGUGCUGGCGGCGCGGCUCGGCAAGGCGCUGCUGGAGCGCAACCAGGACAUGAGCCGCCAGUACGAGCGGAUGCACAAGGAGCUCACCGACAAGCUCGAGCACCUGGAACAAGAGAAGCACGAGCUGAGGCGGCGCUUUGAGAACCGAGAAGGCGAGUGGGAAGGCCGGGUGUCCGAGCUGGAGAGCGACGUGAAGCAGCUGCAGGACGAGCUGGAGAAGCAGCAGGUCCACCUGCGCGAAGCGGACCGGGAGAAGACGCGGGCCGUCCAGGAACUCUCCGAGCAGAACCAAAGACUCCUGGACCAGCUCAGCAGGGCGUCGGAGGUGGAACGGCAGCUCUCCCUGCAGGUCCACACGCUCCGGGAGGAUUUCCGGGAGAAGAGCUCGUCGAGCAGCCAGCACAUCGUGCGGCUCGAGAGCCUCCAGGCCGAGCAGGUCCUCGAAAUCAAAAUGCUGACGGACAGAAAGCGGGAGCUGGAGCAUCGGCUCAGCGCCAUGAUGGAGGAGAACGACCUGCUGCAGGGGACCGUGGAGGAGCUGCAGGACCGCGUGCUGGUGCUGGAGAGGCAAAGCCAUGACAAGGACCUGCAACUGCACCAGAGCCAGCUGGAGCUCCAAGAGGUCCGGCUGUCCUAUCGGCAACUGCAGGGGAAGGUCGAAGAGCUCAGUGAAGAGCGAAGUCUCCAAAACUUCAACACAACCAGCACGUCCCUGCUUUCCGAGAUUGAGCAGAGCAUGGAGGCGGAGGAGCUGGAACAAGAACGGGAACAGCUCAGGUUGCAACUCUGGGAAGCUUACUGCCAAGUGCGGUACCUCUGCUCCCACCUCCGUGGGAAUGACAGUGCAGACUCUGCAGUCUCCACGGACUCUUCAAUGGAUGAGUCUUCAGAAACCUCAUCAGCCAAAGAUGUCCCAGCUGGCAGCCUACGUGCAGCUCUCAGUGAGCUAAAAAGACUGAUACAAAAUGUGCUGGAUGGAGCAGACUCCACGAGUUCCCGGCGAAGCGAUGACGACACCUUAGAAGAACAGAUCAGGCGAACAAGUGAGGACUCACGAGCCCUGAGGGAAUUAAUGGAGGGAGAGCGGGGGAAACUGAGGCAAAGUUUGGAGGAGCUGCAGCGACUUCACAGCCAGGUCACGCUGCUCAGCGUGGAGAUGACGACGCUGAAGGAGGAGCGGGACCGGCUCCGAGGCGCCGCCGAAGACAAGGAGAGCGGCGAACGGCUCCUGCAGGCCAUCAGGGACCGGGACGAGGCCAUCGCCAAGAAGAACGCGGUGGAGGUGGAACUGGCCAAGUGCAAGAUCGACAUGAUGUCCCUCAACAGCCAGCUGCUCGACGCCAUCCAGCAGAAAGUGAACCUCUCGCAGCAGCUGGAGGCCUGGCAGGACGACAUGCACAGGGUCAUUGACCAGCAGCUGAUGGACAAACACCCGAAGGAAUGGAGCCAGCUCGCUUAUUCCUUCUCCAGGGGCUACGGCGCAAAGCGGGGUGCCCGUCCCUCCCCCGGGCCCAGGCCGGAGCAGCAGGGGGACGAGCCCGCCGGGGCAGAAGGGAACCGUCUCUUUUCCUUUUUCAAGAAAAAUUAA